CAGAAACACGGAUCGGAUCAUUAACUCCCGGUCUUCCGUCCCGACUACCCUCUCAUUUCGUAGUCGUCGGCGGAGCCUCCGGCCCCUCGGGCAGGGGCAGAGUCGUGGGAUCCUUAAUACAUCACCGUUUCUCAUGUGCGCGUACUUUUCGUGCCGAUAUUCUAUUGUAUUCCGAUUAUUGUUAUUCUCGCCGCCGUCUGCGAGACACGAGGCAUGGUUUACUGGGAUUGAGUUUUUUUCCUCUCUCUUUCCGUCAUUUCGUCUCUUCUCGUCUCCCUUUUUCGGGGAGAGACACUCCGGACUUAGAUGGGUCUUCCGGGGGAAGGGCAUUGUAGAUAGGUACAUACCUAUGUAUGGUCGCUCGCAUAGGCGGUUGACAAAACGCCCCUUGGUUCUUCCCCCCUCGAGAGAACAUACCUAUGCACACGCACCUGACGGGCCUCCGACGUGCUUGCUCCCGGCGUCAACCCAGGUUGGCCCCCGCUACCAGAGGGAAUUUCGAGGGUCGGAGAAGGCCCGGCAAAAUUUAGGCCCUGCUCCCCGUCUCGGUCCCUGUUUCGUCUCGAGCGUCGUUAGGUCGUAUCCACCCGGCGAAACAACACGGGGAGAUAAAGCUAGUGUGGAGGGACUCCACCGAGGCGUAGUCCCCGUCGGCCGCUGGGUUCGUCACGUCCACAAUGCCACCGCGUCUCGUCGAGAUGGGGCCUACUACGUAACCUCGAAGCACGUGAUCUUUUCUUGAUUCCUAAAUUCCGGGGGUGGCAGAACUAUGAGUACCUAGGUACCACUAGCUAGAUCCGGAGCGAAUUUCACUGCCAGAGUUGACGCCAGACAAAAACAACCGAGCCCAUGAAUAGCGGUGGUGAAACAGAUAAGAUAACCCGCACGCGCACACAAGGCUUCUGUAACCCUCUUAACCUCUCGCGCUUGGCAACUUCACUCCCGGGGCCGCCUUCGCCAACAGCUUGUCAAACAGCGGAGUGCCUAAGCCCGUAACGGGGUCCCAACCCUCGGUCGCGUUCCAACCCGCGCCGGGAACGUGCCGUGCCGGCAGGCCACUGUAACCUGUCGCUCGUUAG